UGCUGAAGGUCCUCCAGGAGGAAGGACAGAUGAUGCUCCAGAAGAAGAGAGAUGCCCCUGGGGUUUUCCAGCUGGCUUCUCUCUUGGUGGAGCUGGACAGCUCUGACGAGGCAUCCCGGAUCCUGUGUGCUGAUGCCCUGUACCAGAUGGGCCGUGGGGAAGAAGCCCACGAGAUGCUGUCACUGGCCCUCUCCAGGAACCCCCAGAGGGCUCCUGUGCUGGCCAGGCUGGCCCUGCUGCAGCUCAAGAGAGGCUCUGUGUACGAUGGCAACCAGCUGCUGAGGAGACUGAUCAGAAUUGGAGAUUCCUCCUGCCUCCUGCCAGUGCUGGACAUUUUCCAGGACGAGGACAGAAAGCUGCUGCAGAGGCACUGCCGCUGGCGAGCCCUGGCCAUCCUGAAGGGCAAACAGGAGGCUGCUGCCAUCAAAGAGGCCAUUGCCCACCUGUCCUUUGCCAUCCUUGCUGCAGGUGGUUAUGCUGAGGAUUGCCUUCUCACCAGGGCACGAUGCUAUGGGCGCCUUGGGCAGAUGAAAACUGCAAUUUUUGAUUUUAAUGCUGUCCUGAAGGAGGAUCCCAGGAAUGUGCAAGCUCUGAGUGGCCGAGGGUUUGUUCACCUUGCUCUGAGGCAGCAGAAGGAGGCAGUGCAAGAUCUGAUCUCAGCACUGAAGGUGGAGGCAGGAGCAGUGAUCCCAGCAAUCCUGUCCUUGAAGCCUGAGGCCCAAGGGUUGGUCACUGGGUGGCUCCUCCAGCAUGGCAGGGCCACUCUCAGCGAGCUCAUGGCCACCAAAGAUGUCCCAGGAGAAGAAACCCUUGGGGACCUACUCACGAUGGCAAAAGCACUGACCAAGAUCUGCAGGGCUGCACAACAUCACAUCUUCUACACUGACGUUCUGAUGGCAAAUGGAAGGCACCAAGAGGCCCUCAAGCACCUGCAGGAAGCCUUUGGCCACUGUCCUGCUGAGGACACAGCCAGGGCUCGCUUGGCUGUGCUGCAGCUGCAGGGCAGGAACGUGGCAGGAGCAGCUGCCCCUCUCAGCGUCCUGGCCAGGAGAGAUGAGAAGGACUUGGCCUUUCUCCUGAACUUUGUAGACACCAAGAAACAGCAGCACCUUGCUCAGGCAGCAUCCCAGGAAGGGAAGGUGCUGAUGAAAGGCCACAACCACCAGCAGGCUCUGGGCUACCACAGCCUGGCUGUGCUGGCCAGCAGGGCCAACCCCAGGUACCUGAGGCACAGAGCUGCCUGCCUGGUGCACCUGAAAAAAUAUGAAAAAGCUCUGAAAGACAUGGAAAAAGUGAUCCAAGGGCAUGGCUGUAACAGCCCAAAAACACAGGCUGGGGAUCACUGCUGCCAGGGCUUCCUGCUGCUGGCCCUGGCUCGGGAGGAGGCAGCAGUGCAGCACUACAUGCAAGCCCUGCAGCUGGACGAGCCCCUGGCCCUGGGCACCAUCUCUGAGUGCCCUGGCAGGGAAUCUUUAACCCAAACUUUUCACAAAAUUGCACAAUAUAACUUUGAAAAGCAGCGUUAUGAAGAGGCCUGGAAAAUCACAGACUAUGGGCUUAAAAUUGGUAAAAGUUCUGAGCUCCAGAAGCUGAAAGCAAGACUGAAAAGAGAGGCAUCAAGCUGUAGCAUACAUUGAUUUCUCUGUUUGGGGAUUUUCCAGUCUGAUUGCUUUCUGGGAGGCUGCAAGAAUGAAGGAAAGAUGAGGAAGAUAAGAAAGAUAAGAAGCUGAUGAUAAAUAUGCAACAAACACUGAACAUGGAGCAGCAAAACAAAACUGACCAAGACAGCAAUGAGGAAAAAAAGCAAAUUGCAGCAUUCAGGAUUCCUUAAAAUUAUUGUGGAUUAUGUAAACUCCCCAUUGUGAAAAAAGCCUUUUUUCUGGCUAAACAACAAAUUCUA